ACUUCCAAUGUAGACGUCCCUUUAUUAUUUAUAACUUUAACCUCACAAGUGUGUGCUAAACAAAACUACUUCCAGUUUAGAUACCCUAGCGUGUAGAUGUGUUUAGGCACGAUCAGUGAUUUUUUUGGAAAUUAUUUCUAAAAGGAAUAUUUGAGAAUAGAGAUUUGAAAGGAUUAAAAGAAGAUAUAUUAAGGAUAGUGUGCCAAAUAGCUAUAAAUAUCCUCGGAGGAGACUGAAGGCAUGAAGACUUAAUCGUCAAUCAGAAGAAAAAGCUAAGCAAAACUUUUUAGUGAUUGAUUCGAUCUCGUGAUGGAGUUAGAAGCUUUGUUAGAAGCAAAAGAAUUACACAGAAAUCACCCACCACCUGUUACGUUAGAGGAUAUGAUAACAGAUAUAUGUUUUCAUCCUGUAGCCGAUACAAUCGGGGUAGCUAGUAUUACAGGAGAUAUCUUUAUAUAUAAGUAUAAUAAUGAGGAAACUAGUCUUGUUUCAACAUUAGAGUUACAUCUCAAAGCUUGUCGUGACAUUGAAUUUAAUGAAGAUGGACGGAUGUUAUUCUCAGCUGGAAAGGAUCGAUGCAUAGCGAUAACUGAUGUGGAGACUGAAAAAUUAACUAGACUAUAUGAAAAAGCCCAUGAGCACCCUAUAUAUACAAUGACAAUUAUCAACAAAUAUAUAUUUGCGACAGGCGACGACGAUGGUGUAGUAAAAUUAUGGGACCUCAGACAAAAGGGUAACAAACCAAUAUUUUCUUUAAAAGAAGUAGAAGAGUAUAUCAAUGCAAUGAUAACCAAGACAGACUCUAAAUACUUGGUAUAUACUAGUGGUGAUGGCUGUCUGACUUCUUUAAACAUACCAGAGAGAAAAUUACAUGUACAGUCUGAGGAGUAUGAUGAGGAACUGACGUGUCUUGGUUUAUUCAAAUCUGAAACUAAAUUAUUAUCAGCUAGUAGUAAGGGAAAAAUGUAUGUAUUCAAUUAUGGUGAAUUUGGAUUGCACUCGGACGAAUUUCCAAGCACUAUGAAGAAAGCCAUAAAUUGUAUGGUUCCAAUUACGGAUAACGUGGUGAUAACCGGAGGAGAGGAUGGAAUAGUUCGAGCAACCAGUUUGUUUCCUCAUCGCCAACUCGGUAUAGUAGGACAACACGACUUCUCCGUCGAGGCGCUUGAUAUUAGUAAUGACGGAACUUUAAUAGCAUCCACCUCGCACAAUAACGACAUGAAGUUUUGGAAUGUACAAUACUUUGAAACAUUGAAUGUCAAUGAAUCCAUCAAGGGGGGCAAGCAGAAACGACUCGUGCAUAAUCUACCGAGCAGUCAAGUUAACAAUCCGUCGGAUUUCUUUGCGGAAUUGUAAUAUAAUGGCAACUUUAUGCAAUAAAAUCAUGCAAUUUAUAUGCAGUUAUCAAA